AUGAGCACGGCGCCACCUUCAACGUAUAAACGAUAUAUUAUUCUAUUAAUAGUCUGGCUUAUUUGUCAGCAGUUCAUGAUAGUUAGUGCAAUAGAGGACACUGACCAGAUCGACGACAUUUUAGUGGCAGAUUCUCCAUCAAGAGUAGAAGGAGAAACAACCGAAGCAGACCCCAUCCCAAAACUCUCUAGUUGUGACGAGAUAGAUUUCAUUUGCAAGUACAAACUGUUCAAAGAAAAAGUAGAUGCCAGUCGCGACGAAAUCCAAGAAGAUUACUCACUUACAUUUAAACAAAAAGAAGAACGAAUAUCUAGAUUGGACGCUAAACUCAAGGGUGUAACUGCUCUCAUAGACUUCACCGUUGACGUCUUGCACUUAUUCGACAGGGCAAUUAACGUUUCCAUAAUAGCCAAAUCGGAUCUUGAAUUGAAACAAGAAACUCUUAAAUUACUUUACAACUUCAAAAGCUCGAUCCUAAAUAUAUCAGACGUUGACUCGAUUGAGAACAUACUAUACGGUUAUUACCCCGAUAAGAAGCAAGUCGAAGAAGACAACCCAGAAUAUAAUAAGCAUGAUUCGCAAGAUGGUAUUGCCAUGGAAAUGGUUGACAGCGUACUACAGGAAGUUAAAUACUCUGCCGAUUUGCUCGAGGAAAAAAUGCACCACAAAGGAUAUAGACACGCAGCGGACAAUGGAAAAAUACAUGAAGUUGUGGAGACUGUUAUUAGACUUGAAGAGUUAGAGGAAGAAGAAACAGGUGAAAACGAUGAUUUAACUGACGAGAAUGGAAAGCAUGAGAAUGAAGAUGGUUCGCAUAGCCAUGGACAUGCGAAAGUGAUUACUCUGAUUGACAAAGAGCACAAUGAAUACGUUUUGACAAGGCCUAAUGAUUUGACAAUGUUCUAUGAAGACGCUCGCUUGCUGAACGAUAUAAUACUUAUAAUAGUUGCAGCAUUCGUACUUGGCUGGCUAUUAAAUACGAUUGGUCUACCUGCGUUCCUUGGAUAUAUUCUCGCAGGCUGUUUACUCGGCCCAGCAGGAUACAAUGUAAUUCAAGAACUGAUACAAACCGAAACACUCUCCCAACUUGGUGUAAUAUUUAUCGUAUUCAUGCUAGGACUCGAAUUUUCAUUCGAGAAAAUUCGAAGAACGUGGAGAUUUGCGCUGGGUAGUGCGUCAUUUAUAAUACUUGUGACAUUGACUGUAUCACUUAUCAUUGGAUUCAUUGUUGGGUCGAACGGGAAAGAGGCUGCCUUCGUGGGGAUGUGCAUAUCAUUUUCGAGUACAGUUGUUGUUGAACGAUUAAGGUCCCAGGAUCUUGAACAGCUAUAUGGGCCUUUAGUGAUUCAGGAUAUAGUCUUUGGGUUGUUGUUGGCUGCUCUUCCUGCUUUGUCCAAAUCAGGCAUCCAAGCUAUUUUGGCGGUAGCAAGACUUUUUGUUUCUCUUGUCAUAUUUGGAGCAUUCAGCUUCCUAGUUUCGCGUAUUCUAGCUGCUAUACCUCUCAAGAGGGUUAAAGGGACAAAUGAAUUGUUUCUUCUUGGUGCAACCUCGCUCUGUCUACUCAUGUCACAAGUCGCCUGUUUUCUUGGUCUUGGCUUCGAGAUUGGAUGCUUUGUAGCAGGAGUUGUCAUACAUACUCGUAAACCUAAUUUUGAAUCACCUGUCAAUAUAAUCGAACCCGUGAGAGACAUAUUCUCCUGUCUCUUCUUUGCGAGCAUAGGCAUUCAUAUAUAUCCUUCCUUUUUAUACAACGAAGGUUUCCUGCUUCUUUCUCUUACUGCUGGCGUCGUAGGGUUUAAAUAUAUGACUGCUGGAGCUGCAUUGGUUACGUGCGGAUGGGAUGUUAGGCGAGCAGCGGUUAUGGCGAUUGGGAUGGCACAAAUUAGCGAGUUUGCAUUUGUACUCGGCAGUCGUGCUAAAGCUGCUGGCAUCAUCUCGCGUGAAGUGUAUUAUUUGUUGUUGACAACAACAUCGUUGAGUUUAGUGGUGACUCCAGUAUUGUGGAACAUUUUUGGGUCAGGACAAGAAUCAUCCCAUCGUACAACCAAAGAUGGUGAAUUUCCACUUCCACUUCCAUUUUCUGCCAAUAACAGUGGGAAAUAUGAAUGA